AUUAUAAGUUGUUUAUAUCGACAUUUCGUCACAGCUUUUGUUAAAUUUUCAAAAUAUUGACAAAAUAUCAGCUGUUUGAGUGGAAACAGGAAAAUCUGAUAAUUGUUUGCCAUAUUAAUGGGUCUUUCAGCCAUGUACAAUAUAAAAUGGGAGCAAUCGCAUCGGUUCUACAGUGGCAUUGUACGAUCUGUAGUUUAAUCAAUCCGACUGAAAGAAUAAAAUGUAUCCGAUGCGGUACAUCAAGACAACAUUUCAAUGAAUCCAGUUCUAUCCCAAAUUUCAAUAACGGUUCGAAUUGUACUGUAAUUAAACGUUUAAAGCUGCAAACCAAGGAUUAUAUUCCAAGUUCUCUGAAUACUACUACUCUAGAUGAUUAUAAAGUCCUACUAACUUCAUCACCCUUAAGUAGAUCAUCAUUAAAAUUCAGCUAUUUAAAAAAGUGCUUCAGUUUACCCUCCUUAUCAUUCAAUACACAUUGCAAAGUUUGUAAUACAUAUUUUUUAACGAUAGGGUGCAAAUGUUUAAUCUGUAAUUCGCGUUUAAAAAUCAUGAAUAAUUCCGAAUCCCCAUGCAAGAUCUGUUCUUUAGCACUCAUGGAUAAAUACAGAAAUCUUGAUAUUUUAAGUUAUGAUAAGCCACUUGUAUGUAAAUGCCAGAGAAAUAAAUCCCUUUCGCUAAUAAAAAGUUUGAGCUGUUCAGUAGCCCAACAGACUUGUGAUUCCAUAUUAGAUGGUCAAAAGAAAGAUAUAAGAACUACCGCUAGUGGUAUAAAUAAUGUUUGUUAUCCCCCUGCUAGUUAUAUGUGGACAGUUAAAAAUUUAGCACCCACCGGUACAUGGACUUGCAAACAGUGUACAUUGUUAAAUAGUGCUGAUUUUACGGCUUGCGAAGCUUGUGAAUCACCAUAUUCACCAGAUUUAAAUAGCAACGUUAAACCGAGUGUUAUUAUCAAGGUGGACAAUUGGGCCGAUAACGAAUCUUUACAUACAGAACCGUAUAAACCGUUAUAUAGACGAUCUCUAUCCGAACUACCGACCGCUCAAAAUUCUCACAUUAUUCCAAAUUUAAACCGAAGAAGUAUAGAGGGUAAUUUUCCGUUGAGCAAUUUUCCAAAAUCUAGCACUUCGAUGACGGAUAUUCAAUCGUCCCAUUCAUUCGAUAAUUUAAAUAUCGGUAGAAAUUACAAUACACGAAGCAUAUUAUGUGAUACUACUUCUAAGGCACAAGAUACUCUUUAUACGUACAUAGGUAUUUCGGAACCAGAUAAAGAUCCGCAUUUUUACGAAAAUCACAGCAUCAUUAACGCCCAGAAGAGAAACAUGGACUUCGACACCGACAAACACGAUAAACUAAUUCAACUUAUGAAAGAUUCCAAUACGUCCAAAUCGAGUUGGGUAUUGAACGAAAGGAGAUGGACUUGCAGGCAAUGUUCUUUCGCUUAUAACGGUUUCAGCGUUAAUAAAUGCGAUAUUUGCAAAAGUUUGAAAACGCCGCCGUCUUUAAACCAACCUUGUACGGUUACCGUUACGGAAGAUGUUAAUUUAUGCAGUUCUUCUCAUAUGGCCGUAAAUAGGAGCGAAUCAAAAUUGCAGGUUCCCAUUGCUACGCUCGAUCAGGAUUUAGAUGACGAUUUACAAAUAAUACCGGGUAACGACGUUAUCGAGGAACAAAAAUGGACUUGUAAAAAAUGUACUUUGGUCAAUAGCGAACGUUCCCUCGUAUGCGAAGCUUGUUACGGUUCCAAAUUGAGAUCCAUAUCUUUGAAUCACGACAUGACAUUGAAGAAAGGAGAAUUUUGGUCUUGUUCGAAAUGUACAUUAAAGAAUUCAUUGAAUUCCUCGAUAUGCAAAGUUUGUAAAACGGAAAAAUAUUGUUUGGACGCGUCGCCACGUCACGUCAGAUCGAAAAAGAACCUUUCCAAAACCAGCCCGAUUUCCAAAGUACCGAACACGAGGAACGUAUCGAUUACCAAACCGGAGAAGAGUAGAGUGAAUUUACUAACGGAUUUAGAUCAAAAUUCGAUCACCUCAGGGCCUUAUCAACCGUGGCAGUGUCUUGUUUGUACGUUCGAAAACACCAAAUCAUACGUAAUCUGUGAUAUGUGUCAAAGGAUGAGGGAGGACGUGAGAUCGUCUCAUCCGAAGGAACCGCCGAGAUUGACCCAACAGGAAAUGAGUAAUAAACAUUGGAAUUACAUAGUGAAAUAUUGUAAAUUGAAAAAACAAAGUUAUCUGGACGAGGAUUUUCCGCCUAUGCCUUGUAGCCUUUAUUAUAAUCCGGCCGAAAUGAAAACGUCGGAAAUAAAAGAUUCUCACGUCGUUAAAUGGAAACGAUUGAGGGAUAUAGUCGUCGAUGAGGAUAAAGAACUUGCGUGGGCGGUAUUCAGAAAACCGCAACCUUCGGAUAUAUCUCAAGGAGUAUUGGGCAAUUGCUGGUUAUUGAGCGCUCUUGCAGUACUAGCCGAACGAGAGGAUUUGGUAAGAGCAGUUCUAAUAACCAGGGAAUUCUGUCCGCAAGGUGUAUAUCAAGUUAGGUUAUGUAAAGACGGACAUUGGGUAACGGUUUUAGUCGACGAUUAUUUUCCUUGUGAUAAAAGGGGACAUUUAUUUUACUCACAGGCUAAACGGAAGCAACUUUGGGUCCCCUUGAUAGAAAAAGCGGUAGCUAAAAUACACGGUUGUUACGAAGCUUUAGUUUCCGGACGGGCGAUCGAAGGUCUGGCAACAUUAACCGGAGCACCUUGUGAAAGCAUCCCCCUUCAAGCUUCAUCCAUACCGGUACCGGCCGAAGAGGAAUUGGACGUGGAUCUGAUUUGGGCGCAAUUACUCUCGUCGAGACAGGCUCUAUUUUUAAUGGGAGCUUCUUGCGGAGGUGGUAAUAUGAAAGUUGAUGAACUCGAAUACCAUUCUAAAGGAUUGAGACCGAGGCACGCGUAUUCUCUGUUAGACGUAAGAGAUAUCAACGGUUCCAGGUUGCUCAAAUUGAGGAACCCUUGGGGACAUUUCGUAUGGAAAGGUGAUUGGUCCGACGAUUGUCCUUUGUGGACCAAAGAAUUACGAUCGGAAUUAAUGCCAGAUGGAUCUGAGGACGGUACUUUUUGGAUUGCUUUUAUGGACGUUUUAAAAUAUUUCGAUUGUAUCGAUAUAUGUAAGGCGAGAAACGGAUGGAACGAAGUACGUUUGACCGGUAUACUGCCACCAUUAGCUAGCCAACAACAUUUAUCUUGUAUAUUUCUUACUAUUUUAGAACCUACCGAAGUAGAUUUUACAUUAUUUCAGGAGGGUCAAAGAAAAUCCGAAAAAUCCCAACGAUCUCAAUUGGAUUUGUGCAUUGUUCUAUUCAGAGCGAGGACCGAAUCGACAAUAGGAAGUUUGGUGGAGCACAGUAAACGUCAAGUAAGAGGAUUCGUAGGUUGUAAUAAAAUGUUGGAGGCCGGAGAAUACGUAGUCGUUCCAUUGGCUUUUAAUCAUUGGCAUACGGGUUUAGAAGAUGUAUCAGCCUAUCCUAGAUAUGUCUUGGCCAUACACAGUUCUAAAAAAUUGUUAGCAGAAAAUAUCCGACCGCCUAAUUAUAUUUUGGCCGAUGCAAUAAUAUCUCUUACAUUAGCUAGAGGUCAACGACACGAAGGCCGAGAAGGAAUGACGGCGUAUUAUUUGACCAAAGGAUGGGCAGGUCUAGUUGUUAUGGUGGAAAAUCGCCACGAAAAUAAAUGGAUACACGUCAAAUGUGAUUGUCAAGAAAGUUAUAACGUCGUAUCUACGAGGGGUACUCUAAAAACAGUCGAUUCAGUACCGCCGUUAACUCGUCAAGUGAUUAUAGUUUUAACUCAACUCGAAGGUAGCGGGGGUUUUUCGAUAGCGCACCGUUUAACGCAUCGAUUAGCCAAUUCUCACGGAUUACACGAUUGGGGUCCUACAGGAUCCAGUCACGAUCCCGAAUUAGAUCAUCAAACGACCGGUCUACAUUCGCCUCGUUUGUUUUGAAUCGUUUAUUAGUAUAUAUUGAAAUAGAUCAUUUGUUUAUAGAAAAACUAAAAAGGGUAAAAAGUUCACGAAGAGGUGUUAGGAACUGAAUUUGUUUUCGUUUCAAUUACACGGUGAUAAAAGAAUGUUUUUUUUUUGGAAAUUAUGCCGAUUGUUGGACCUAAUCGAUAUUAUUUUGGAAGUUAGUUUUAAUCCAGAAUCAGAAUUUGUCCGGAAGAUCAGUAUUUUGAGAUAUUUUCGUUAUUUUUAAGGUUAUGUAUAGAAGACACGAUUUUUUAAAAUAUUUUUUAGUAAAUCGAGUAGUUAGAGAAAUUGUUUUUUUUUGCUAUUUCAGAAUUUAUAUCGUUUCAGGUGAUUGAAUAAAUUGAAUUAAACAAACCAA